AAAUGCUCCCAUAACCAACUCUCCCUCAUUCAUUCUCACUCUUUGUUUGCCUUCUUCCUCAUUUUCUCCUUUCUUCCCAAAACUCAAACCCCAUGGGUUUACAGAACCACCUAACUGACGUCUCAUCCGAUUCUCUCCCACUUCUCCUCCUCGCCACCAUCGCCACCGCCGUCUCUUACCUCCGCUCACUUUUCUUCACCUUCUUAGGCAUCUCUCCCUACCCAUCCGAUGACCCCAUGCUUCUUACCCUAUCCCACCACCUCAACCUCAACAGUCUCCUCUCCUACAAACACGAUCCGGAUCCGGUCGAUUCCGAUUGCGUCGUCUGCCUUAACCGCCUAACCGCCGGUGAGCACGUGCGCAAGCUCCCCUGCCAUCACGUGUUCCACAAGGAGUGCUUUGACGGCUGGCUUCAUCAUCUUAACUUUAACUGUCCGCUUUGUAGGUCGCCGGUGGUUUUUGAUGAGCGCGUGGUUGUCACGCGCCGCCGUCAAUGGUGGUUUAUGAAUGACGUUAUCGGCUGGUUUGAUUUCAGAAGAUGAAUUGCAGAGAAAAAGAAUUAUUUGUUUUGGGUUUGUGGAUUUGAAGUUCCGUUAUGUCUCUUUUUGUUUUUACCGGUUUCCAGUUUUUUUUUUUUUUUACUUUUACCUUGGUGUAGGGUUUUUACUGGAACGGUUGAUGACAAUUUUGACAUUUUGGGGUUAUUUUAGUUACUCUGUUUUUACUUCUCUGCUUUGAAGAGGGGUUUGUGGUCUAGUUUAUUAAUGUUUACUUUGUUACUCAAAUGCAUUAAAUAAAUGGAGUUUUUACCUUUUUUUUAUUU